CAGGUCAAUAAGAAGUCAUACACCCACCUUGAUGUGAUAGGCAAGGGCGGGUCAUCUCGCGUGUACCGCGUAAUCAGUCCGGCAAGCGAGAUCUUCGCAAUCAAGCGGGUUGCACUCGAGAAGACUGACAGAGAAACAAUGAUGAAUGAAGUAUCAUUUCUGAGGCGCCUCUCAGGCAACAAUCGCAUCAUCAGGCUCAUCGAUAGCGAGGUCAAGCCUGGGCCUCAUGGGUCGAGAGGCCAUCUGUUGCUUGUGAUGGAGUAUGGUGAGAUUGAUCUGGCGAAAUUAUUGCAGGAACAGCAAAGGUACCCUCUGGAUCCAGUGUGGAUAGCAUAUUAUUGGAAACAAAUGUUGCAAGCCAUCCAUAUUAUUCAUGAAGAGAAAGUUGUUCACUCAGAUCUCAAGCCUGCUAACUUUGUACUCGUCCGUGGUCAGCUAAAGCUUAUUGACUUCGGUAUUGCGAAGGCCAUCGCGAACGACACCACAAACAUUCAUCGUGACUACCAAAUCGGCACCGUCAACUAUAUGUCGCCCGAAGCCAUCCAAACCCCCAGUGGUAAUUACAAACUCAAAGUUGGCCGGCCCAGUGACGUAUGGUCUCUGGGCUGCAUCUUGUUCCAGAUGGUGUAUGGGAAGCCACCAUUUUAUCAUUUGUCCAUGAUCCACAAGAUGCAAGCCAUACUCGACGCCUCGCGUCUCAUCAUAUUCCCCGAGAGCGUGUCUUUACUUCAUCCUCCUGAUCCGGAAAAGCCCAUAGCAGUCCCCGUACCGGAAGCCAUCAUUGGGGACAUGCAGAGCUGUCUUAAGCGGGAUCCUAAAUGCCGCAUGACAAUUCCGCAGUUGCUGAGGCAGGAAUGGCUGACGAUGCAGGCCGGUAAGCGACUCUCAAGCUAUUGGGAACGUGCGUCGGACUGA